UAUUCUUCAUCUUAUCAGUGCUCAAGAUGGUGCUUUCCGAUUUCUUGACGGAGACCAGAAGGCGAUGGCUGAAGGCCUUCAAAUUGUUCAAGCGGAACAAGAGCCGUAAAAACACACGGAACCGCAUAUCCCCGGAGCUGUCCCGGUCCCCGUCGUACAGCGGCACGGUGGACGCGCGCGCAGACAUCGACAUCCAGCGCUUCUGUGCGUGCCGGGCCUCCCUCCCCCCGCUGCACAUCUCCAGCGAGUCUUACGAGAACUCCUACUACAGCAGCUACAACAGUUACAACAGCUCGAGGAUCGACAGUCUAGAGAGCUAUGGAACGAAUGAAUCCAACAGCGGCAGUGCUCGGUCAGAUUCGGCGUACGACUCGGCCAGGUCCAGCCCCGAGCACGCCAGGGUGUGCUACGCCACCGUCACCUACUUCAACGUGAAUGACAGCGAGGAUAGUAGCAGCAUCCGCACGGAAUACACACUCCUCGAUGAUACAGAGGCUGACCGCCUGGCUGAGCUGGAUGACAUGGAACACCUGGACGAGGACGAGCGGACGCAGAAUAUGAUCAACGAGAGCAUCGAGCUUGUCAGCACGUUAUGAAGUGAGCGCGAAGGACUCUGGCUUACAAUAUAAUUUGAGUUUAGUUUGGCUCGCUCUGGUAGCGUUCUGUUCCAGAUUUGGAAGCGUGUGUGAUACUCGGUGCGUGAUCGAUGUAGCGAAAUUAUUCAGUUUUGAUAAGCGAACGAUGAAUUGAUAUGUACUCGUAUUUAGGGACUUCCUUCGAGUGUAUACCUAUACUAUGUAUUUAUAUAGUGAUCUGGCAACUCUAAGCUAUGAUGUAGUAGAACAUAAGGAUUAUUGAUAAGCCUUUUUAUGAAUUUCCACCGACUUUUACUCUGAAAGUAUAUUCUUCUUGAAGUAACCAAUUGAUUGACGUAAUUGGCUUUUACUAAAGGUCUUCAUUAGUGGUCGCUCUGCGGGGCAGUCAUUUUCCACAAGAUGUUUUCAUUGAAAUGUUUCCUUAAAGCACUUUACAGUUAUAAUAAAAUGUUUUGAAGCGAAAAAUGAUGAAGUACUGCAAGACUUUUCUAUUUUGUAAAAUUAAAUUAUUUUUGUUGUCAGGAG